UUUUUUUGUAGUUACUAAUUAAAGGUUGAUUUUUUAUAAACACCUUUUUCUUUGGUAUUACUCACACACUUUUUCUUUGGUGUUAUCCAAUCAUGCUCUGGUAUUUGCUGAUAGCUUUGAAACUGGUUGUUGGUACUGAAGUUCAUUGACAAACUGUGAGGAAACAACAGAAGAAGGCAAGACAUUCCAUUGGGAUGCAAUUCUAUUAGCUCAUAUUACAAAUGGUAAUAUUUUAUAUCAAGAGAUAAUUAAACUAGAUCAUGUUGGACAACAUGCAAGAAAUAAAAGAGAUUUGUCAACUAAAAAUCAACAGGGCGACCAUCUAAAUGAAACAGUAUAUGAAUUUUAUGGUUUUGGUAGAUAUUUUGUUGUCUAUCUAUAUAAAAAUAGAAAUUUACUGUCAGAUAAUUUUGUAGUAUUUACUCAAAAACCAGAUGGAUCCGAGUAUGCUCGAACAGAGAUGAAUAUAGAAAAUUGCCACUACCAAGGGUUUUUGUUAAAUCGUACUGGUUCAUCAGUUAUAAUGAGUACUUGUGAUGGAUUGAGGGGUCUCAUUAAAGAUAGUGAUGGAGAAGAAUUUUUUGUCGAAAAAAUAAAUAAUGAAGAGAAAAACAAUGUUACAAAUAACAAUAAAGAAAAUGAUACUUAUAUAAUUUACAGAAUGAAAGAUCUUAUUACCAAGAAAAAAGGCAAAUGCGGUCUAAAUCAUACAAGAAACGUAGUUGAACAUGAUUUUAGUAUACAGCACUUUUUCAAAGAACAUUGGAGGGAAAGAAGAGCUGUUUCAGAUAAAAAAUAUAUAGAAGUAGCUGUAGUGGUUGAUAAUAGAAAGACUCAUGAACUUGGAGAAACAAAAGCAAUCAAUCUUGCAAUAGAAAUUAUCAAUAAUGUUGAUAGUGUUUACAAAACAUUAAACACACGAGUAGUAGUUGUGUCAGUUACUGUUUGGAAUGUAGUUGACAAAAUUCAUAUUGCUUUAAAAGCUGGUACUACGCUAGACGGAUUCAAAACAUACUAUUCAACGGUUAUGUUGGGAGCAUUAAAAAUGCGAUGUGAUAAUGCUCAAUUAAUAACUGGUAUUGAUUUUGAUGGUGACACUGUUGGGCUAGCACCAAUUGGUACAAUGUGUGGUUAUUCAUCGUGUGCAAUAAAUCAGUAUCAUGGCAACCCUGCUAUGACAGCAAAUACUGUUGCUCAUGAAAUGGGCCAUAAUAUUGGAAUGAUUCAUGAUACUGAUACAUGUAAAUGUUCUAAAUCUCCUUGUGUGAUGACCGAAUAUGCAGCGUCUACUCCUGUUCAAUCAUUUUCAAGUUGCAGUCAAGAUGUUUUCAAUAAAAGGUCAGAUAAUGGAGAAAUUCCUUGCAUACUUGAUUAUCCAUCGAAGUUAUACGGAACUCCAAAAUGUCAAAAUGGGUUUUUGGAAGAAGGUGAAACUUGUGACUGUGGCACACCAAUGGAAUGUGCUGAUUCUGGUGCUAUAAAGUGUUGUAAUCCAACUACUUGUAAACUUACUGAAAAUUCUCAGUGUGCUGUUGGCAGUUGCUGUGAUACAUCUACAUGUAAAUUUAAAAAUCAAGGAACUUUGUGUCGAGAUAAAUUUAAUGAUGAGUGUGAUUUACCUGAGUAUUGCAACGGUACAUUCAAAGAGUGUGUUUCAAAUUUUUAUGUCAAAGAUGGAACCACAUGUCAAAAUGGAGAGGGUUAUUGUUAUGGUGGAUCAUGCAAGAGUUUAAGUACUCAAUGUAAAUUGUUUUGGGGUCCAAAUGUCAAAGAAGCUGAACUUAAUUGCUUCUUAUUAAAUGCUAAACCUGUGGAUAAAUGGGCAAAUUGUGGGAAAAAUGACAGGGAUUUGUACGUCCCCUGUGCCGAUGGAGAUGCAAAAUGUGGAAAGCUACAAUGCUCUCCUAUUUCUCCUGAUCUUCCUGUCCCAAACUUGCCAAUUAUUGGAACUAACAGAGGGACAAAUGUUAUUGGUAAAUGCAGAAUGGGGUAUACAUCAAUGGGACCAGAUUUAGAUGAUCCAUCUCUUGCUAUGGAUGGAACAAAAUGUGCUGACAAUUUCGUUUGCAUAAAGAAAAAAUGUACAAAUAUUUCAACUAUUGCUACAAUCAAAAAGUGUUCAACUACUUGUCUUAAUGGCGGGGUUUGCAAUAACGAAGGAAAUUGCCAUUGUCCACCAGGUUUUGCUUGUCCCAAUUGUGAAUUCGCAGGACCAGGUGGUAGUUUAAACUCAGGACAAGGAUGUAUUCUGCAAAGCGAUUGCGGUUGUCUUACGCCAUUAGUGAAGGGUCUUUUAGUGUUGUUCCUGUUAGUUAUUCCUUUGUUAUGUAUUUCGUUGUAUUUCAUGUACCGUUAUCGAGAAAACAUUCGGCUAAGAUUUUCACAUGCUCGAGAAACUAGAAAUAGGAAAAUAAAUGCUACUAAACAUUUGAAUGAACAAGACAAAACGGUUGCUCCUAAAAAUAUUGCUAUUAUUACCCAAGAUGAUCAAAUUAUAGAUCAAGGUAAUUCUAAACAAUUUAAAAAACAAGCAGAUAUAACCAUAGCAGCGUCCAAAGGUCCUAUUGUUCUUACAUAUGAUAACCAAGUAAACUAUCAAAAUAGUCCUAGACCGUAUAACAAGGUCUCCGAGAAGUAUGUACCUUACUCUGAUACUAACGUCACGGCAAAACAUCCAGGAGCGAGAUCGCCUUAUUUAGCUCCAGAAUCUAAUGCUCAUUCAUCUGAAAUAAAUUCUGAAGUUAGAUCAACCCAGAAAAAAGUUAAAAACUGGCCACCCCCUUCAUCUAAUGCAUAAAAAAGUUAAUUGUUCUGUUAAAACUUAUAUUUUUAAACGACGCUGAAUGAAUAAAUAUAAUUAUAUUAUAUACAUAAUAUAUAAUAUAAAUACUUAUAUUCAAAAUACCAUAUAUAAAAUAUAAAUACUUAUAUACGUAAUACCGUUUUUGGUAUUCAACUAUCUUUGAUGGUAUUAAUUUGUUGCUGAUGUUAUUACUGAUGUGUGACUAAUAGGAUGUUUUGUCGAUAAAACCUAUUUAUUGUUGUAUGGACGUAUCCAGUUUGAAACAUUUGUAUAUUUUUAUAUUUUUGGUUACAUUUUAUAUUUUAACUUGUGUAUAUAGUUUGCGAUA